AUGGGUAAUGUUCAAUUGGAGGAUGCGCCUUUCCCGCUGACCGAGGUCGACAAGUGGGUCCUCUCGCAGACGGACGAGGAGUUCAAGAAACAUGACUGGGAGGAGCUCAAGGAGAUUAUCAAGACGAACAAGCUGGAGGUCUUGAAGAGGAAGCCCUCGGACCUGCGUCGAUACAUGAAAUGGACGGCCGAGACCAAGGCCGAGUACGGCUCCAUGACCCAAUACCUUCUCGCGAACCGCCUGCCCAAGUCAUGGGGGCCGCCGCCAUUCACGCCAAAGUCCCUGAUCCCGUUCGAGGAUCCCUCGGACUACCGGGUUCUCGCCAAUGACUGGCCAUAUGGAUUGGAUGCGGGCAUCACCCACCUCGUCGUCUGGUCGCGCACAAUUAUCGCGACAGACCCAGACACCGGAGACAUGACACCAGAGAGCAGACACAGCGUCCAGGAAUUCAUCGAUAGAUAUUUUGUCGACAGCCUUGGAGAGGGCGGAGCGGAGCGGGUUGUCUGGUUCAAGAACUGGGUCGCCUUGCAGAGCGUCCGGGCGUUGGAGCACAUCCACGUGCUGGUGCGAGAUGUAGAUGCCGAAGCCAUCAUGAAGUGGACCGAGGAGAAGCCGUGGCAUAGACAAAACUGA